AUGGUCCCUACAAGACAAGGAGACAGUGGAGAACUGUACGCGCAUUCCGACGAGAUUGAAAACAAACUGAGGAUAAUUGCCAAGUGAGUUUGCAAUAACAAGAAGAGACGCAGACGAGUCAUCUCCUUCCAUCGUAAAUUUUCAGAAAAGAGAGUCAGGAUAUCGAAAAGCAGUUAGCCGAAGAAAAGAAAAGUUUUGGCAGCAACAUCAAGAUUCUCAUUCUCGGAGGGCCUUCCAGCGGGAAAAGUACAAUCUUCAAACAGAUGCAGUGAGUUUGAGCUAAUCUCUCGGAGUCCGUCCACAGUUUAAACCCCUUUCCAGAAUAAUCCACGUAAACGGAUUCAAGCAACAGAAAGAAUUACUGCAAUACAGAGAGCUAAUUGAUAGUAAUAUACGAGACGCGUACCUCCAGCUGAUUGCCGGAUCUCACCUAGUCGGCGUUCCUCUCCAAGAAAUCGAGCACCUCUUGUUCAAGAUCGAUGAUAUUUACGGGCCAGUUUCGAACGAAUUUUCGGUGCGAACAACUCCAGAGCUCGUGGAACCACUGACGAGAUUCUGGAGAUCCGAGCAGGUGCAAGAGGUGUACAAACGGAGAUACGAGUUCGAACUGAUGGACUCGGCCAAAUAGUAAGCACCUGACAAUCCUUCUCUUUCAAAUGCACUUUCUCAGUUUCCUCGAUAAUCUGGAGCGAAUUGCCAAUCUGGACUAUCUGCCAAACGAAGAAGAUAUUGUGCAUUCGCGGAAGGCCACAGUCAGCAUCAACAGCAUAAUCUUCACUUACACGAACGUGUCCUUACAGUAUGAGCAUUCGAUUUCUCACGUGAUUUCGUUAUAUAUUGUUUCAGUAUGGUCGAUGUCGGCGGCCAGAGAUCAGAACGGAAGAAGUGGUUGCACCUGUUUGACGACGCGCGAGUGGUUCUCUUUGUGAUUGACUUGACGGGAUACGCCAAAAGAUCAGAGGAAAGUCGAAUGGAAGUGAGUCAUUCGGACUGAUCUCUGAGAAUCACGAAUCAUUUCCAGAUGACACGCUUUCCGUUGCUUUUUCGCAGCUUCAAUCUCGACGCGUACGACAUGAAAGUCGCGCUGAAGAUAUUCAAUGAAGUGGCCAUGGCGAAGCCUCUUGCUCACGCCGUCUUUCUGCUCUUCUUCAACAAGGUCGAUCUGUUCAAGGAGCUUCUGACACACGUUAAAUUGCGGGAUUGUUUCACGAAGUUCGAAGGUACUGUCGAAUAUGAAUAGCCGUGGCAUCCGGAUGAUCGCAAUGAACUUUCAGGCGAGAAUACAUUCGACGAAACGAAAAACUUCAUCUGCGACAAAUUCGUGAGGGCGGCUCGGCCCAAGAAGUCUGUGUUCCCUCAUUUCACAACUGCCACAAGUACGGAGAACAUCAAAGUGAGUCCGUUUCCCUCUUCUCGUCCCACUUUUCCCCCUUUCAGCUCGUUUUCCGUGCCUGCAUGGAGAGUGUGUUCAAAGCGAAUUCGAAGGCAACUGGCCUCUCCUGA